AUGGUUGGCAUCUGCCGCUUUAUCGGCGCUGCCAGCAGACACCGACGUUCCAAAGGCCCCGAAGCCGGCCCCGAAGCCGGCCCCGCUUGCGGCCCCCAAAUCGGCUCCAGAGCCUGCACUAGCCCAGCGCAGGAGCCUGGGCAGGAAUUACCAGGCCAGGCUGAGGCCUUGGAAGCACUUAAGGCGCUCAUGGCGGAGCUCGGCGGGAUGGGCUUCGAGGUCCCCAAGAAGCCUACGGGCGAACCAGAGGCGGCGGGGAGGGGCCAAGACUGCUCAGACAAGUCACGCGAAAUCCUCCAGCAUAGGCUGCACGAUGCUGCAAGGAAGGAGUUUGCGGCUCGGGUGCACCGUGACUAUGCAGGCUGCAGCCAGCAGCGGUUCCAACGCUUACUAGGUGGUCUACCUGUAGCCUUGUAG